GCUUUUACACGCGUCAGUCGCCGCGUUAAGAUUCGUCGCGAUGGACGUCGUAAUAUUACGGUUGUUAUUGCCCAUUAUAAUCUUUGGACUAUUCAUCUCGUCUUCCAGUCAAUAUCGCAAGCCAGACCCAUUUCAGAAUACUUUAGGUCACAUAAAACCACACGCAUUACCGGAAGUCCAGGAGAAAGCAGCGAAAGAUGUCGCGAGAAGACUACUGGGAAAUGAAACUGCUGAACUCUUCGUUAUGAUAGUGGAUAACAAUUUAGGGCCUGUCGACAAGGACACUUUCAAGAUAACGAAAAAUCCUCUAGGCAAGAUUGAAAUCCGCGGCACUACCGGGGUGGCGAUCACAUGGGGACUCAAUUAUUACUUAAAAAACUACUGCAACGUUCACGUGUCGUGGGACGGCACGCAGAUCGACCUGCCCAACGUAUUGCCAGACAUCAAAAUCAAGAUCACAUCUAACGACAGAUUCAGAUAUUAUCAGAACGUAUGCACCGCGGGCUACAGUACGGCCUGGUGGCAAUGGCAGCAAUGGGAAAGACACAUCGACUGGAUGGCCUUCAACGGGAUCAAUCUGGCCCUCGCGUUUACCGCGCAAGAAGCGAUCUGGCAGAAGCUGUUCCGCGAGCUGAAUCUCACUCAGGUGGAAAUCGACGAGCACUUGGGCGGUCCCGCUUUCUUACCCUGGGCGAGAAUGGGCAACAUGCGUGGCUUCGGUGGGCCGUUAUCGUCGAAUUGGCAUAAUCGCACCGUACGUCUGCAGCAUCAGAUCUUACAAAGAAUGAGAAAUCUCGGAAUCGUCCCGGUGCUACCAGCGUUCGCCGGUCACGUACCACGAGCUUUUGCUAGGCUUUUUCCAGACUCUAACAUGACGAAGGUCGAACCUUGGAACAAAUUCGAGGAAAAAUAUUGUUGCCCUUAUUUGUUAGAACCGACAGAACCGCUGUUUCACACCAUCGGAGAAAAGUUCCUGAGAAUGUAUAUCGACGAAUUCGGCACCGAUCACAUUUACAACUGCGACACUUUUAAUGAGAACGAACCCGGUAACAGCGAACUCGCCUACUUGAGCAACGUCGGCCGUUCAGUUUUCCGGGCUAUGAACGCGGUCGAUCCUCAAGCAGUAUGGUUGAUGCAGGGUUGGCUGUUCGUGCACGACUUUAUCUUCUGGACAGAGCCCAGAGUGAGAUCCUUCCUGACCUCCGUACCUGUAGGUCGAAUGCUGGUAUUAGAUCUGCAGUCGGAACAAUUUCCGCAAUACGGCCGAUUGAAGUCGUAUUACGGUCAACCAUUCAUCUGGUGCAUGCUGCACAACUUCGGCGGCACCUUGGGGAUGUUCGGAUCCGCGCAAAUUAUCAAUCAGCGCACGUUCGAGGCUAGACAUAUAAAUGGCAGUACGAUGGUGGGAAUCGGCUUGACACCCGAGGGCAUCAACCAGAACUACGUAAUUUAUGAACUGAUGAACGAAAUGGGGUAUCGUCACGAACCCGUUUAUCUCGACUCAUGGUUCGAGAGUUACGCCACUCGAAGAUACGGCGCCUGGAACGAAUACGCGGUGGCUGCCUGGAAGCGUCUAGGCAGGACAGUUUACAACUUCGUCGGCGUUGAAAGAAUCAGGGGGCAUUACGUUAUUACCAGACGACCGAGUUUAAACAUUUCACCGUGGGUUUGGUACAAUCGAGAGGAUUUCUACGAUACAUGGAACAUGUUUUUAAAAGCGAGAUACGGUAGAGGUAAUAAUACUCUCUACAGGCACGACGUGGUUGAUAUAACAAGACAAGCUCUUCAAUUAAUGGCUGACAAUAUCUAUAUGAAUGUAGUAGAUUGUUACAGAAAAAGAAACAUCACUGGCUUCCGAUCGCACGCUGCCGCCUUACUGGAUCUCUUCGACGAUCUCGAGACUAUCCUGGCAUCAGGAAGUAAUUUUCUUUUGGGUACCUGGUUGGAUCAGGCGAAAAAUAUGGCCGUCAACGAGGAGGAGAGACGGUCUUACGAGUACAAUGCGCGAAAUCAGAUUACCUUGUGGGGGCCGAAUGGCGAGAUCCGAGACUAUGCGAACAAACAGUGGUCCGGAGUGGUCACGAACUACUUCAAGCCCAGAUGGACGCUCUUCCUGGAGGCUCUUGAAAAGUCGUUGGUUGAAAGAACCAGACUGAACAUGACCGAAAUUAACAACAGGAUGUUUCUCGAAGUCGAGGAGCCGUUCACUUUCUCCACGAAACUCUAUCCGGUAGAGCCAAAAGGCGAUACCCUCGAUAUAGCGACGAAAAUCAUUUCCAAAUGGUUGGCAAAGAAGAACCAUAGCCGAGUACAGAGACAUGUGAGAAGAGAACCGAAGUUAUUCUUUGCAAGGAAAGGUGGAGUAGCAGGACGUGAACAGAAAGGUGGGAUCAUGAGUGACAAAUAUAUGAAUAUAUAUUCUGUGUGAUUAAAGCAAAGAAAGGGCACAAAAGCAUAAGGAACAAUAAGCAAGAAUAUAUUUUUCAAAAAUAUUAUAAUAAAUAAAAACAUCUUGUGGGGUCAUGAAUGACCUCUACUUUUCCUUGCAAGCGAUAAGAUUCUUUUUCUUUAUUUGUUUAGGCAAAAAUUAUUAUUGGUACAUUUGGGUAUAAGUGAUAAAAAAAAUACUUUUCGUGCAUGAUAAAGAGAAAUGUUGAUAAUUAGAAUUUAGCAAAAUAAAGCUGACAAGCGCACAAUAAUGAUAUAUAUUCAGAUUUUUAUAUUGGUGCGAAGUUUACGCUAAACAACGAAACGUAUGUAUACGAAUCAAUAGAUAAUUUUUUAAUAAAUCUAUCAAAACUUC